CUUUCGUUCCAGGCUGACAGAUAUUUUAAUCGAUCUUUAAGUUCAUGUUUGCAGGUCCUUCUUUAUUAUCGAAUUGUUUGAAUUGGGCAUAAAUAAUUAAGCGAUCAAGCGAAAUAUUAAUAUCACUCUUAACCUGUUUAUAAAAACUGAUUUGGAUUUCUUUAAGAAAUACGUAGAAUGUUUUAUAAAAUUUGACAUUACUCUGCAUUUUAAUAUCCUUUGAAAUAAGACAUUUCUUUCAUUGUCUGAAACAUAUAAUUGACGUUCCAAUCAUAAUUUAUAAUGGAUAUGAAACCAACUACCAAACUGUUGGGCUGGAGUUCAAAAUACAUCAGCACUUUCCAAGGAAUAUUAAAUUUCUGUGAAAUUGUAAUUUCUUAUGUAAGCAUUCAAUUAUUGAAAGAUACCUGCAGGCCAGCAUACUCUUCAACCACAGGGGGAUUCGUUGGUAGUGCACAUGAAACUUAUUUCUAUCUCAGCUCUUGUGCCUGUGUGGUUAUUACAUGCAUAUUGUUGUUUUCUUUCCUCAUUUCGCACAUCUCUUGUAUCAUGAUGGAAAGAACCAUUUUAUGUGUGAUGUUUUGGUCCACGUGCUGUUUGCUGUCUUUCUUCACAAGCAUUGCCUUAUUUCUUUAUGUGAAUGCCUCAAAUUCUAUAGAAAUGUUUGGUUAUUCUCACAAAGUUGCUGCUGCAAUUCUGGGUUUCAUCAAUUCUGGAUUUUAUUUAAUAAAUGCUGUAAAAUCAUAUAAAGCUUGUAGAAGUAGUUGGUCUUACCUCUGAACUUCAAAAUGCACAAUUCAAGAUAUAUUUUCACCAUAUUUGCACAAGGGUUCAAGCAUAAUUUGAUGUGCCUGCACUACAAUUUGUAUAUAAAAUACAUGAUAUUGUGAAACAAAAUUGUAUAUAAAAUCACAUAUGUAUGCAAAUUAUUUAUUUUUCACAUAAAAAUAUUAUAUAAAAUGUAUUUAUUUGUAAUUUAUGAACUUUGACUUUAUUAAAACUUUAUGCACAAUAAUUUCUUAAUGGUUUUAUAAACUGGACUACUGUUUUUAUAAUUUGUAGAAAUUCUUUAAUGACUAUACAAGAUGAUCAAUUUAUUAUGUCUGGGUUAUGCUUUUAUAUUGUCUGUAAAUGAUAGAUUAUAUUUCAUAGAUAUUAUUUGAUUAUUUAUAAUUUGAUAAAAGUUCUGUCAUACAAAGUUCAUGUCACAAAAUGACACAUUUUCUUGGUAUUUAAAAAGAUGAAUUGUUAAAAAAGCAUUUAAUGAAAACAAAUUUUGGAAACUUGUAUCAUAGUACUGAA